UGCACGGAACCGUAUACAAAAAGGUGCAGCCGGUGCCGACACCUGGUGCAGCAGUGUCGCAGAUUUCUCGGCACCCGUUUCGGGGUGCAAAUGCAAUGCAUGAGCAGCGCCACCGCUAAAAUGUCAAUCGAAUGUUGAGGUGAAGUGCAAGCCUUUCGUCUGCUACGGUACGGGCAGUACGGGGCUAGUGAGGCUUAGGACGCACCGGCAAGCGGUUGUCAGUUGUGUCAGAUGUGUGUCCGAGGAUUUGCAUGUGAUUUGUUAACAUGGAGGAACUCCACAUCGCCAUAGAAUUGGUUGAAUCUGACAGUGAAGAUGAGGAACACGAUGCAGUGUUGUGUCAAAUUGGUGCCCAAUUGGUCCGCAGCGAUCGUAACCGCACACCUAGAUACUACGAGGAAGUUGUGGCCCGUUAUUUUGACUACGAAUUCAAGCACCUGUUUCGGCUGUCAAGAGAGACGUUCGAAACACUCGUGGGGCGCUUCAAGUCGUCGCCCUUUUUCCUAGGCCGCGGGGAGGACGCCCCCAAAUCCCAGCGGAGAAAACUUAAUGAAUCACCGGCAUCCUACCACAAUAGAAAAAAAUUUCCUUCAAUCAUCCUUAAAGAAAUCUGCGAUGCAAACAGCCGUUUCACUAACAUUUUUGUUGGUUACUCUGGCAGCGUACAACACGCACGUGUGUUGAGAGAGAACCCCUACUAUGGCACUGCAGAAUCUAAGUGCGCUGGCGAUUAUUUACUAGGGGACGCAGCAUACCCGCUCCUUCCAUGGCUAAUGCCUCCAUACAAGAACAACAGGGCCACGUUUGAGCGCUACAAGCGAAAGUUUAAUAAGAGGCUCAGCCAGCAACGCGUAGCUAUAGAACAUGCCUUUGGCAUUUUGAAGCAGCGCUUCAGGCGGUUAUAUCUUGUAGAUGCAGACAUCAUUGAUUAG